AUGAAAGUGGCGUUUGUGAACGGGAACAGGCAGUUGCCAAAGCUCUACGUUGACAAAUCUGUUAUUGAGAACAUGUGCUCACCAUGGAAGGACGCGUUGGUGGUGAGUCUUCUUGGGAAACGUCUGGGUUUCCGAACUAUGAAAACCAAACUUAGCAACACCUGGCGGCUCAUUGGAGAGUUUGAUCUUUUAGAUGUUGAUAAUGACUUUUUUCUGGUUAAGUUUGAUCGCGAGGAGGAUAAGAAGAAGGUGAUUGAUGGAGGCCCGUGGGUGAUUUUCGACCACUAUCUAGCGGUGGCCACCUGGAAUAGGUCCUUUAUCUGCCCUGCUGCACAGAUCACUUCGACUCUGGCCUGGGUCAGAAUCCCAGGGCUUAAUGUCACCUUCUACAAUGAGAGUUUUCUACUGUCCAUGGCUAGACUGAUAGGGAAACCUAUUAAAGUGGAUAGAAACACAUUGUCUGCGGAACGAGGGAGGUUCGCCAGAAUCUGUGUGGAAAUUGAUCUUACUCAGCCGGUGGUGGGAAAGUUUUGGUUUGAGGGGUUCUGGUACAAAGUGGAGUAUGAAGGUGCCCAUAUUAUAUGUCCCAAAUGUGGAUGCUAUGGGCAUAGAGGGCGAGAGUGCACAGCGACUGAAGGGCAAGUCCUGCCUCAACCGGAGAAGGUUCCAGGUCAAGUGGGAACGGUGGAGGCGCCGCCAACAACUCAAGAAACCCUAGAACGCAACCCGCAACCCACCGCUACAGUUACGGAAGGUCCUAAAAAGCCGGCUGGGAUUGACCCAAUGAUUGUGGUGAUUGAGGAUUGCCAGGUGAUUAAUGAUGGGGUCGUUAAGAGUGUGGACCCCGCUUCCAUGGAAGUGGCAGGAGAAUGGCUCACAGUUAAGUACAAAAAGAAAAAGAAGUUGGCUUCCCCACCAACAUCGGGAUCUGGUGCGCAAGUAAAAGAGAAUAUUCCUUCUAGUAAUCAACCAAAGCAGGGCUUUGGGAAAGAAGUGGGCCACCACACGUCCUCCUCCAAAUUCCUUGGAGUAUUUAAUGCAAAAGCAAUGGGGCCCAGUGAUGUAACGGAUCUGAGCCAGAAGAAAAGGAAGAUUGGGGACACUAGUAAACAUGCAAGUGGGCCCGGAAAAGAGGGAUCCAAACCUCAAAUCAAAGGCAAGGAGAUGGCCCACAAAGGGGACCAUGGUUGUCCAUCACCUUAA